AUGAUACAUAAUCCUGGACUGGAUACGAAAUUUUGGGCUGAAGCAGUAUGCACAGCAGUUAUUGUUAGAAAUCGUUGUCCUACAGUAGAAGUGGACAAUAUGACCCAAUAUGAAUGCUUCAAUGGUAAGAAACCAGACGUGCCCAAUUUUAAAGUGUUCGGAUGCAAAGCAUGCUUGUAUGUUCUUAAAGAAGCCAGAAAGAAAUGGCAUUCGAAGACCAAGAAAAGUAUAUUUGUUGGAUAUAGUAUUUCAAUUAGGGGAAAUUGACUUAGCUUUAUGAUCCUAAGACUCGGAAAUUACACAUAUCAAGGGAUGUUUUAUUUGAUGAAGAUGAAUUUAUUCAACAGAAGAAAUUUAUGAAAAUUGGAAACUUGAAUGAUUCCGCCCCUGACGACCAAGAAGAACCACAAGAGAACAAACCAUCAGCCGAGCAUGUUAUUUUAAGAGAUCGAGACACAAUUGAUCAUGGUGAACGUACUGAAGAAACGAGCAACUGUAGAGAAACCGAAGUGGAGCAGCAACCACGACGUUCAACGCGCAAACUAGAACCACCAGAUAGACAUGAUGUACUAAUUACUAGCAAUUGGUGGCAAAAUAAUGUUGCAUGUAUUAAUAGUGAGUACAUCUAGAAGAGCCUACAACUAUAAGGGAAGCUCUAAAUUGUUCAGAUAAAGAACAGUGGAAACAAGCUCUGGACAACGAAUGUUCAGCUCAUAUUAAGAACAAUUCAUGGACAUUAGGGAAUCUGCCUGAAGGUGGUAAUGCUAUCGAUUGUCGAUGGGUAUUUAAAGUUAAAUACAACGGGGAUUGGUCUGUAGAGCGCCACAAAGCUCGUUUAGAUGCGAAAGGAUACUCACAAGAACCAGGAUUAGAUUAUGAUGAAACCUUUUCUCCUGUAGCGAAAUAUACAUCUAUUCUUUCACUAGUGGGAAUUGCUAACCAAUUAGAUUUAGAAGUACAUCAAAUGGACGUUUCUACGGCGUUCUUGAACGGUGAAUUGGAAGAAGAAAUAUGCAUGAAGCAACCAGAAAGAUACGUGAAAGAAAGUAAGGAAGUCUGUAAAUUAAACAUAAGUAUAUACGGCUUGAAGCAGUCAUCAAGAUGUUGGUACAACACGAUCGAUCAAUUCUUAAAGAAUUCCGGCUAUGUACAAUCAAGCUCGGACCCUUUCUGUACAUAAAGCGAGAGGGAAAUGAUAUAAUGCUCAUAGCCUUGUACGUCGAUGACUUGAUGCCAGCGAGUAAUAGUAAGAAAAUGGUUCAUAAAGAGAAAGAAGCAUUGAGAAAGCGUUUUGAAAUGAAAGAUCUCGGAGAAGUUCAUUAUUGCCUUAGUAUUCAAGUAGAAGAGAUAGAAACAAAAAACGAAUGAGAUUACAUCGAUCACAAUAUCUCACGAAUUUGUUAAAGAAGUUUGGAAUGCAUGGAGGAAUGCAAUUAACCAGCUGCAACGCCUGUUGAUCAAAGCACUAAAUUACUACGUAACGAAGGAGAACCAGAGAAAAGCAAGUUUCAAGCCUUAAUUGGUGGAUAAACUUAUGCGGUAACUGGUACUAGACCUGACCUUGCUCAAGCGUUAGGAUUGGUUAAUCAAUUUUGUUCAAACCCAGGACUUGAACACUGGACAGCAGCUAAACGUAUUUUACGAUACAUGAAAGGAACAAUUGAUUACGGAAUUACAUUCGAUGGAAACAAACAAACUGAAGUACAGUUGAAUGGUUAUGUUGAUGCUGAUUGGAGAAGUAAUCCAAAUGGACGAAAAUCGCAAUCAGGGUAUUUGUUUACACUGUGUGGAAGAGUAAUCAGUUGGGCUAGUAAGAAACAAAGUGUUGUCGCACUUUCUUCAACUGAAGCGGAGUAUGACGCUGCAUCGUUAGCGUGUCAGGAAGCAGUUUGGUUACGUGUGUUACACGAAAAUAUCAGUUUUGUUCAAAACAAGCCAACGAUGAUCAAAGAGGAUAAUCGAGGUGCAAUAACUUUGUCAAAGAAUCCUAAGUAUCAUCCCAGAACAAAGCAUUUAGCGGACUUGUUGACUAAACCAUUAGGAAAAACAAUGUUUCAACGUUUUAGAGAACUUAUGGAA